AUGAAGGAAGACAGCGCGGGUCGUGUCGGCAAUCCACUCUCGAAAUAUUUGCAUCAGUAUCUAAAGGAUGGCGUCCUAACAUCUCACCAUGGCAAGAAUGUUGAUGACAUGAUCGUGCAAACUGCUAGGUCGUCUUACUGGAAAAACAAUGUUGAUAGGAUCAAAUCACAGAUGGUCGUCAUUCUGGAUGAGAAGCACCUGCCCGCUAAAGUCAUCAACUCACCGAAGUACAUCCAAACAGCGAAGAUAGGACUUAUAUUGCCCAGAAUAAUAACAUCGGGUACUGUAACAAGAAGAUCCGUUGAACCAACCUGGCUCACUGCAAGCAAUGCUUACCCCGACCGGAUAGGAAGUGAACUGAAGUGCAUGGUUCAGUCUCCACCCGGCUACUGCUUCGUCGGAGCUGACGUCGAUUCGCAGGAAUUAUGGAUUGCAGCUCUCAUGGGCGAUUCUCUUUUUGUAGGAUUGCACGGCUGCACAGCUUUUGGUUGGAUGACUCUGCAGGGAAGCAAGAUUAAUGGGACUGAUUUGCAUAGCAGAACUGCCAACAUGUUAGGCCUCGAUAGGGAGCAUGCCAAGAUUUUCAACUACGGACGAAUAUAUGGAGCCGGACAGAGGUUUGCCGAGAGAAUGUUGCUGAAGUUCAACUCGAAGCUGUCCAAGAAGGAAGCUCACAUCAAGGCGAAGAACAUGUUCUUGUCAACGAAGGGGAGGAAGAUAAAUGUUUCAGAAGAGCUUGGAGGUAAAAGAAUAUGGCAUGGUGGAAGUGAGUCUCACAUGUUCAACAAGUUGGAACAAAUAGCGAACGACAUGAAGCCACAAACUCCAGUGUUGGGCGCUCGCAUGAGCUCCGCGUUGGAAGCCACAGUUGUUAACAACGACUUUAUGACCAGUCGUGUGAACUGGGUCGUCCAGAGCUCCGCUGUCGACUAUCUACACUUGAUGCUGGUCUGCAUGAGGUGGCUGUUCAGUGAAUUCCACAUCAGAGGAAAGUUCUGCAUAAGUAUCCACGACGAGGUGAGAUAUUUGGUGUGUGAGGAGGACAAGUACAGAGCCGCUCUGGCACUUCAAAUUACCAACCUCCUCACUCGCUCCAUGUUUGCUUACAAACUUCAGUUUUGCGAUCUCCCGCAGUCGGUGGCAUUUUUCAGUUCCGUGGAGAUAGACAAGUGCCUGAGAAAGGACUGCAAGAACGAUUGCAUUACCCCUUCCAAUCCACGAGGCCUUCAAAACGAAUACAACAUUUCUAA